AUGUACACAAACAGCCCCAGAAGAAGAAGCUCCCGCAGUCGCAAGGUGAUGACGUAUAUAGUGGAAAAUGGAGAGAAAACACAUGUCAGCUUUUGCUUUGUAUCAAACGUUUUCAACAGAAGUGCCUCCUCCAGCAACGAAGCCUUCCCUGAAGGUGGCAGAUAAGAAGAAAAAGAAAAAGGAGAAUGGGGCCAAUAAGGUCAACACAGUUAAAGCUCAAUUAAAGCCUGAAAGGAAGAAAAUGCGAAAGAAGCUCCUAAAGUCUGCACAGAGAGAGGCAAGCCUUAAGGGAGUUACAGAAGAGGAGGAGUGUGUAAAUGGAGACGGUGAGGAUCUAGAUGCUUUGCUGGCCGACCUGGCAAAAGUCAGCAACAGCAGGGAGAGAGCGAGCAAGCUGUUCCAGUGGCUCAUCAACCCUAUUCCUGCCAAGUCCUUCUUCAGGGAAACAUGGGAAAAGAAGCCCAUUCUUGUUCAACGUAAGAAUCCAGAUUACUACAAAGGACUUUUCUCCACAGCAGAGUUUGAUCGCAUAUUAAGACAGGAGGAUGUUCAGUAUGGAGUGAACCUGGAUGUCACGAGCUACACUAAUGGCAUGAGGGAGACGCAUAAUCCUCCAGGGAGAGCUGUGCCGUUCACUGUGUGGAACUUCUAUGAGAGUGGCUGCUCCCUCCGCAUGCUGAAUCCCCAGGCUUUCUCCUCCACAGUGUGGGGCGUGCUGUCUAUCCUCCAAGAGCAGUUUGGCAGCAUGGCAGGAGCCAACAUAUACCUGACACCACCUGGAACACAAGGCUUUGCUCCACAUUAUGACGACAUUGAGGCGUUUGUGGUUCAGCUGGAGGGGAAGAAACAUUGGAGAGUGUACAACCCAAGGACAGAAGAUGAGGUCUUGCCUGUGCUUUCAAGUCCGAACUUCGAUCAGGCAGACAUUGGGAAGCCGAUCCUGGAAGUGGUGCUAGAAGCCGGGGAUCUCCUCUACUUUCCCCGAGGAUUCAUCCACCAGGGCGACUGCCUCCCAGAUGCCCACUCCCUCCACAUCACCAUCUCCUCUCACCAGAAGAACAGCUGGGGGGAUCUACUACAGAAGGUGGUUCCAGCAGCAUUGGAAAUAGCAAUGGAAGAAGAUGUGGAGUUCAGACAGGGCUUACCUCUUGACUACCUGACAUACAUGGGAGUACAGAACUCUGACAAGGAUGACCCACGCAGGACAAAAUUCUUCUCACGAAUUGAGAGUCUGAUGAAGAAGCUAACCAAUUACGCCCCAGUUGAUGCUGCUGUGGAUCAGAAAGCCAGAGACUUCCUCCAUGACUGCCUUCCUCCCAUGCUCACUCCAGAGGAAUUGGCCAGCAGUGUGAAAGGAGCACCUGCUAGGUGGGAGCAUGGGCAAGUUGUGGAUGUAGGUGUACACAUCACUACCCAGACCCGAGUCAGAGUUUUGCGUGCUGGAUGUGCCAGGUUAUGCAGUGAUGGAGAAGCUGUUCAUCUUUACUACACAACAGACAACUCCAGAGUUUACCACAAAGAGGAGCUCAAGAGUUUUGAAAUAAAAGCAGAGUACACAGAUGCCAUUGAGUUUCUGAUCCAUUCAUAUCCCAAAUUUGUGACAGUAGGAAGUUUCCCAUGUGAUUCUGCAGAGGACAGGAUCACUUUGGCUGAGCUGCUUUUUGAGAGGGGGAUUAUCCACACUGCAGAACCUCUGUAGUGGGCACAGAUUCUUCAGUCAUGCUGACUGCAUGAAUAGAUUCAAACUGACUUUGUACAAAAUAAGAUCUUUAAUGCAAAAAACUUUUUGUCCCACAUAGUCUUCGUUACCUUUACUGCAAUGGUCACACUGAACAACCCAUUUAUGAAUUUUCUCUCUGUUCAGCAUCAAAUAAACCAGUUUAAAAGAAAAA